GAAACGAUGAUGAUAUCAUCACGAGCGGUUGUUCCGAUUCGCAUAUCGCACAACUCUCUGCUAUUUUCUUGCUGCUGACUCCUUACGUAGACUGACCACGCACUCAAGUAAUCUUCAAUCCAACAGUGAUCAGAGUCGAUAUAAUAUGCCUUGGCAAAAAACCUUCACCCUCUCUCGACAAGCCAAAGGCUGCCACCUCGUCACUCGAGAGGUAGAGAACCAUAUCAAAGAAGGAUUAUCGGGAACCAAGAUCGGGAUCUUGCACCUUUUCAUCAAGCAUACCAGCGCUGGGUUGACGAUCAACGAGAACUAUGAUUCGGACGUAAGAAAGGAUAUGGACAUGGCGCUGGACACCAUCGUUCCUGAAUCAUUACCUUGGAAGCACGUGGACGAGGGCCCAGAUGACUCAGUCUCACAUACCAAAGCUACCAUUGUGGGCUCAUCAGUGACGAUCCCCAUCACCGACGGUCGUCUCAACUUGGGUACAUGGCAGGGUAUCUACUUGACCGAAUUCAGGCAUCAUCCUCACAGCCGUAGCGUCGUCGCGACCAUCACGUAAGUUGAGCGGAUCUAUUCAAGCUAGAUUCCGACUUUGACUGAACGAAUUCAUGUUCUAUAGUCCUUGAAUGUGGUGCUAAGCAG